GAGAGAGAGAGAGAGAGAGAGAGAGAGAGAGAGAGAGAGAGAGAGAUGGCUGACCUGACCCACGGCGCCGUGGACUCGCUGCUGGGCGUCCUGUCCGCGGCGAUCAAGGACGAGGCGCAGCUCCUCGGCGGCGUCAAGGGCGACAUCCAGUUCAUCAAGGACGAGAUGGACAGCAUGAACGGCUUCCUCCUCCACCUCACCAAGUCCGGCGACGACCACGACGACCAGCAGCGCGCGUGGAUGAAGCAGGUCCGCGAUAUCGCCUACAUCGCGCAGGACUGCAUCGAGCUCUACAUGCGCGACCUCGCCCCGCCCGACGCGGGCUUCUGGCCUCAGCUGCGCCACGCCGUCGUCCUCCUCAGGACCCUGCCGGCGCGCCGCCGGCUCGCCACCAGGAUCCGCGACCUCAAGGUCCGGGUGCGCGACGUCGGCGAGAGGCGGCAGCGCUACGGCGUCACCGUCCCCGUGGUGACGAGGGGGAGGCCCGCCGCCGUCCUUGGUGGCAAGACCGCCGGCGAGCUCAGCACGCCGCUUGUUGACAUGGAUGCUGGAGAAGCAUCUUUCGAGAAUGCCAUCGCGUUGCUUCCGGAGGAAAUCAAGUCCGUGACAAAAGCAAUACAAACUGCUCUAGCCGAGGGACAACAUGAGAUGGAUCAAGAUAGUUCUACUUCUACCAUCUGCAUGGAGAUGCUCCUCCGCACUCUCCAUGUAUCUCCUCAAGGUCAAGGCCGCGUGAGCAAGGAAGAACUCGACAACCUCCGUGCCGCAUCCGGAUCCGACAGCGGCGCGGAUCUCCCCAAGCAAGUGAUGGUCCUCUGCUACAGAAAGCUGUCCAGGGAUCACAAGAGCUGCCUGCAGUAUCUGACUGCAUUCCUGGAAGAGAAAAGCAUCAGCAGGACAAGCUUGGUCAGGCGGUGGGCGGCCGAGCGACUGGUGGCCAAGGACGAUGACAAGCAGUCGUACGAGCAGGCAGCCGAGAUGUGCUUCGGCGACCUCCUCUUCCGAGGCUUCAUCUCUCCGGCCGACCGCGGCGCCGCCGGCAAAGUCAAGAGCUGCGAGAUGAGAGAUCUGGUCAAGAAAUUCGUCAGUGAAAUCUCCAAGAGCGAGAACUUUGAGGGAAGCCAGUUGCCGGCUCACCUUGACAACCAGCUUCGCAUCCGUCACAUGGUCGCCAAGCAGCAGAAAAUAAAGCACAAGGAACCAGAUCAACAAGCCCUCCAGGAUCAUGGCAUCUGCGGGCUUCUUCCCAUCCCAGGAAAGGAGGACGACAGGUCCGUGUCAGCGGCGGACAGGAAGAAGCUAGAGAAAUCCAUCGACAAGCAGCUAAAUCAUUUGAGAUCACUCCCCAGAACCUAUCGACUGAAUGUCAUGGAUCUUGGAGGUUGCAGGGGCCUGAAGAAGCGCCACCUGAAGACCAUCAGCAAGUUGGUGACGCUCAAGUAUCUGAGCCUCCGGAACGCAGAUGUUUCCGGUCUGCCCAGUCAAAUCCAAGCGCUCCAGCUGCUGGAGACCCUGGACAUUCGGCAAACCAAGAUCCAUGGCCCCGACACAAAGCGCAUCGGUCUGCGCAAGCUGAAGCAUCUUCUUGCCGGUGACAAGAAUCCUUCUAGUGAUGGGGAGCCGAUCUGCACCGUGAGGAUGCCAGCCAACAUCAGUAAGAUGACCGACAUGGAGGUACGCGUACUGUCCCAUGUGGAAAUUUCUCACGGCAACGAGCUUAGCGAAGUCGGGGGUCUGAAAAAGCUAAGGAAGCUCGGCGUGCUCCUCCCCGGACGCGAGCAAGACAUCAAGGACCUGCGCCGAGAGAUUUCCAAGAUGGCCGGACGCCUGCGCUCCCUGUCCAUCUGGAUCAAAAAGGGUACGCUCUCCGACGCCGCUUCUCUCGACAAUGGCGAGAGCGACGGCACGUUCGUGACGCCGGUGAAGCUCGAGAGCCUAAGCAUCAACGGCAUGGGAACAUCUGGAUUGCCAAGCUGGGUCGCAGCAGACCUGACGAGCUGCCUCUCCAAGAUCACACUGUGCGACACAAAUCUGACGGCCCAGAAGCUGGAGAACGUCGUCAGCAGGCUCCCCGGCCUGCUCUGCCUCAGGCUCCGCCGCGGGUCGUACAAGGAAGACGCGCUCGCCUUCAGGGCGGUGGGAUUCAGGGCGCUCAGGUUCCUCCUGCUCGAGGGCGCCGGCAUCACCAAGCUCACCUUCGAGGAGAACUCGGGUCCUCGGAUCGAGAAGAUCGUCUGGUCCAUGAUGAUGAACGCCGACGGCGCCGCCAGAGCUUCGGCCACCGGACUCGAGCACCUCCCAGGGCUGAAACAGCUGGUGCUACCUGAAGGUGCCAUUGCAAAACACCCAAAGAGUCAUGUCAUUGUCAUCAGACGUCCUUAGAACUAUCAUCAUCACUACUACUACGUUGCUAGUAGCCAGUAUAUGUGUGGUACAUGUGUGCAGGGUCGUGUGUAUCUUUUAUUUAAUUAGCAUGUGUGACCGCAUAAUCCUGUAUAGGGUGCAAACAGGUGAUCCUUAUGUGCACCUCCAACAUUCUUUAGUUUAAAAUUUUGUACUAAUUUUAGAGAAUUAGUACAAAAUUUUGAACUAAGUAGAGUUGGAGGGGCACCUAAAACUUUUACCUAUUUGCAACCCUAAUCCUGUACAUAGCGUAUUGAUAAACCCUCUAGGGCUUACCUAUAGUGCACUGUUAUGUGCCACUAUGAUCAACCUACAUAGCUAGUUAACUACACCUACACAAAACUAAUCAUGUUUAGCUUGUCUACGUGUGACUGUAUGUGUGCUCAGUGUGGGAAUAAAAUGUACCAAUUGUAUCA